GACUGUCUUGUGUCUCUUAGUAUGGUGGCAAGAUUAAGAAAGUGUGAUAAAAUCUCAGGUUUCCUAUAUGGAAUUUUCCUGUUACUUAAACUAUCUGCUAAUUGCAGUGGUGAUGUCCUUAAUCAGACCAAAAUAAUGUUAACCGAAAUGCAAGAGGAAGCAAAAGAACUGUUCAUUGAAUCUUUCACAGAGCAUGAUGUUUCGGAGCUUACCUGUAAAGAACCCUAUCCACACACUACACAAAAGAGCUUCAACAAAGUUACCCAAAGAAUCAAUGAAAGUCUAACUGAUUUCAUCAAAGCCUUUUCUGUGCUACUGAGCAGACAUGAAGAAUCUGAGUACAACCAUACAAAGAAUCUAAAGAAAGCUAAAGAGAAGAUUGCUGGACUGCGCAACAAUCUGUCAAAGCUUUAUAAAUAUAAGUGGCCAAAUAAACUUCAUGAACCUUUGAAUGCAGUGCUACGGAUUAAAGUUUACCCACCUAAUAGUGAUGACAUUUAUGAUCAAAAGUUAGAAUGCUGUCAGCUCAUAAAUGUUUACGUAAAUUUUCUAGACGUUGUUCACAGAAUAGUUUUGAAAAUUCUACCUAAAAGAUCAAAAAAGACAUUUUCACGAACUAACUGUAUUAUAGACUAAGAUGCAGUUGAAUUCUAGUCAACUACUUAUAUUUCGUGGGAUGAUACAAAGAUAAACCAUCAACCAGCUAAAUGAAUGUUAUCUUCACCGGAUAUUGCAAAGGUAUGAUGUUGGCUUGAUUCCAAUCCACCAGUUUUGUAAUAAUCUUUUUACCAGCA